UUACUGUAUAUCCUUGGAUCUAAACAAUGAUGAGUUUCAUGAUAUGGUGGUUAUUGUGGCUGUCAUUCCGUCAAGGAUUCACAAUGAAAAUGGGUUGGAAUGAAGAACUUGAGUUUUGUGAGGAAGAAUGGAAGAAAUUUGUCGCGGACAAAAUUGAAAUCGAUUCGAAAUGCAACAAUACUCGUACACGUUGUUUUGUUGAGGAGAAGAAAUAUCUUUUGGAGCGAUUUAAAAUGUUUAGUGAAACAUGUUCACUUGAAGGUACGUGUGGAUGCAGCCCGAUUAUUUUGAACUUUACUGCUAGGCUAUUCCCCAAAGAUUAUUAUUUUGCAUUCGCAAAAUGGAAAGAACCAGAAGACUUCACGUGUUCACAUAAGUUUAUAAAUGAAACAAUAGAAAAGUCAUAUCUUAAACCUUUUGGAAGAUUUUGGCUUGGCCAACACAAUAUCCCUUACAAGUAUGUUUUAUACGGUGGAAAAACUCACACUUGUUAUGUUGUCAUCAACGUGAACCUAAGACAUUUAUAUCGAGAUACAAAUGGAUUUUUCAUAAAAAAUGUUCAGUCAGGAAUGUGUGUUACUUCAUUUGUAUCUGGAACAAUCUAUAAAAUGCGCAUUUCACUUGUGUUUACAAUGGAUUGUUUUGACAGGAGAGUUAAUUUAAAAUUUUUACAAUCUGGCUCAAUCUUGGAGCUGUAUACCAAUACUUGUCUUGUGAGACAUGGCAACGGAGUUCGUUUGGUGUUACCUUAUCGUAAUUUUAUUGAAGAAUGCAGAGCCAUCAAUGCCAUAACUCAAACGACUUGGGGUGGUCUAUUCUAUUCACGCUAUAAUAAAUGCAUAGUAGCUACAGGAAGUCAUUUCAACUAUUUCGACGUGGGACUGGCCAAUUGUAAAAAAGAAGAAAAUCAGCGAUUCAAUUUUGGCAAGUUAGAAUAUUCAUCCAGUUAG